AUGCCUUCAAAUCACAUAAUUCUACAGUAUGGCACUAAAACGAUCAAAAUUGGAAGGGCUGGUGAUCAUGAAUAUAUAGACACCUACUGUUUUAAAAAUGGCUUUGUCGGUGAUGAGGACUUUCUUUACCGCUUAUUAUAUCGAUGGUUUCAUGAUAAACUAAUGACUUCACCACAACACACCAAGCUAAUUAUUCUGGAAAAUAUCAUGCUAUCGUUAGGACAUAAAAAGCUUCUUUGUAAGGUAGGUUUGCAGCGUUUGGGAGUGGCAAGCAUGAGUUUUAUCCCUGAUAUAUUGAUGUCUUGUGUUGCCGCUGGUGUAAGAAGCGGAAUAGUGAUAGAUAUCGGUGCUGAGCACACGGUAAUUGCUCCUGUGGUGGAGUUGAGAAUAAUUGACAGCCAUAUUGGUAUAACCAACAGAGGAGCAGGCUAUCUACACAAGAAGCUCGAAGAAUCACCUGCUGUGGUAUCACCAGAUUCCACAUCUCUAGCAUCACCAUCUGAAGCUGACCAAGAAUUGAUUCUCAACAUUGUAGAAAGUCAAUUAAUGGGUUCCUUUUUUUCAGGUGACUACGAUAUGGAUGAAAUGCCUAUUUGUCCUCUACUCUAUAGAUUGACAUCGAAAUUUCCAGUUGUUUUGAAGCAAGCAUUGAAUUCUCGAAUAAUUCUCACCGGGUCCAUAUGCGAAUAUCAGUAUCUUAAGAACUAUUUGGCGCAGUUUUUAAGCACCGAAUUUCAGGUUUUAGACACUCUCGGACCAUGGGCAGGUGGCAGUUUAUUUGAAGUGCACCGGCAAAAGCUGAAAUCUGCUGAUCCGAUGGAGAUAACGCAAGAAAUGAUGGCAGAAAACUGUCCUAUACCUGACUGGCAUUUAAAGAGAUUUUAUAUAUAG